UUUGUGUGUGUGUGUGUGUGUGUGGGGGGGGUUAUUUUGGUUUUUUUGGAGGUUGCUUUGCUUUGGACUGUGUUUUGCUGUAUUCACUGAACUUCCAUCGUGGGAAAGAAUGUCCCUAUCUCAGUUGGACAGAAACGGAACGGGGGGACCAUUCGGACUGCUUGCUGAGGGUGCAGCACUUAACCCACAGGCGCCGCGUGCUGGAGGCAUGUUCUUUGCUCAGCAAUAUUUCCACUGCCUUGGCAAUAGAGCAUCAUUACUGAAGAUUAUUUAUCCUUUGAGAUGCGUCAGGUUUUCAAGUUCUCCGACAAUGACCUUCAGACAUAAAAAUGCAAAACGAAUUGAAGGGCUUGACAGCAAUAUAUGGGUGGAAUUUACCAGUUUAGCUGCAGAUCCCUCAGUUGUUAAUCUUGGACAAGGCCUUCCUGAUAUAUCUCCUCCUAACUACUUAAAAGAAGCACUGGCAAAAGCUGCCUUUGUGAAUAGAUUAAAUCAGUACACACGUGGUUUUGGACACCCAUCAUUGGUGAAGGCCUUGUCCCAAGUUUAUGGAAAGGUCUGUGAUAGAAAGAUUGACCCAUUCACUGACAUUCUGGUGACAAUUGGAGCAUAUGGAUCUCUGUUUAGUGCAAUGCAAGGACUCAUUGAAGUAGAAGAUGAAGUAAUAAUAAUAGAGCCAUACUAUGACUGUUAUGUGGACAUGGUAAGGAUGGCCGGGGCAAAACCUGUCUGCAUACCUUUGAAAUACAAACUUGCGGUUGGAGGAGACAUUGCCUCUAGUGCUGACUGGGUCUUGGACCCUGAUGAACUUGCAAGUAAAUUCAAUUCCAAGACAAAAGCUAUUCUGCUGAAUACCCCUCACAAUCCUAUAGGAAAGGUCUACGCAAAAGAAGAGCUCCAGACAAUUGCUGAUCUCUGUAUUAAGCAUGAUAUCUUGUGCAUCAGUGAUGAAGUAUAUGAGUGGCUGGUAUACACUGGAAAGAAACACAUUAAAAUUGCUACUUUGCCUGGAAUGUGGGAAAGAACAGUGACUAUAGGAAGUGUUGGGAAAACAUACACUGUAACUGGCUGGAAGCUUGGAUGGUCCAUUGGCCCCAGCCAUUUGAUAAAACAUUUGCAAGAAGUCGUUCAAGCAAAAAAUUCACUCUAUACAUGUCCAACUCCAUUACAGGAGGCUGUGGGACAAGCUUUUUUGUUAGCUUUCCAACGGAUGGACAAGUCAGACUGCUAUUUCUACUCUCUGCCUAGAGAAUUAGAGGUCAAGAGGAACCAGCUGGCUCAAAUGCUGCAAGAAGUUGGACUGAAACCUGUUAUUCCAGAGGGAGGAUACUUCAUGAUUGUUGAUGUAUCCGUGCUAAAUGUCGAUUUAUCAGACAUGGAAGAGGAUAAGCCUUACGAUUACAAAUUUGUGAUGAUGAUAAAAAACAAGAAGCUGGCAGCUAUGCCUCUCUCUUCAUUUUGUGGCCCAGAGACUCAACAGAAGUUUGAAAAGUACAUCCGGUUUUGCUUCAUCAAAGAAGACAGCACGCUGGAUGCGGCAGAAAAGAUCUUGAAGAACUGGAAGCAACAUUAGUCCCGAAGUUAAUUUGCCAAUUCUUUUAGAUUUCUGUACAUGCAGUUGUACAUUGAACACUGGACUUCACUUACAUUUUUAAUGAACCUUUUGAAAAUUGCACCAUGCUGCCAUCUACAGGAUAUUGAAUAAUAAUGUGAUAAAGGGUUGCUUUUGAUUGUCUUCCAGAUUUUACACCCUUUUUCAAGAAAAGAUGACAAUGUAGUCAUGCAUGCUGCAGCGGAAGUUGCAGCAGCGCACAACCACAUUGUGAAGUAGGACAGAUGUUCUUUAAAGAUUAAAGAAGCUUACUUACAUGCCAGCUUUGUCAGAGCUAUUAUCAUUUGCCAUGGUAAACAUAGUGCUUUGAUAAAAGAGCAUGUAUAGUGCUCCGGACAGCUAUAUAGCAAUACUUUUGCUUUCUAAAAUUGCACCUGCCAUUUUAUGUGGUCCGUGCUACUGCAGGAAACUAAAUGGCAGGUGCAACUGUAGAAAAUGAAAGUGUUGCUAUAUAGCCAUCUGGAGCACUAUACGUGUUCUUUAAUCAAAGCGCCAUUUUUAACAUUGCAAAUGAUAACAGUUUUGACGAAGCAAGUGCAUAAGUAGGCUUCGUUGAUCUUUAAAGAGAAUCUCGGGGGGGAGCGGGGGAGAGUCAGGAAGAUGUGGCGGUUUGAUCCACAUCUCCUCUCAUCUUUCCCUGAGAAAGGGUAUAGUAUUUUUCCAGAACAUCCAUUACAAUCAUUCUGCUUUAUUUUAGAUUUUUUAAAAUAAAAUUUAUUUAAAACAUGCAAAUGUAUCCGUUAGAUCCCAGUAAGUGGGUGCCUUUACAAAUGUGGUUAUGUACUUUCAAUACAGCUGUUGUUUGACUAGCCGCUGUUCUGUAUGCCCAGCAGAAACAGACUGUGUAUUCAUGUAUAUGAAUGCUUUGCCUGACAGAGUCCUUGCUGUACUUGACUGUGCCAGGAAAUCCCAUGGCUGCUGGUAAGAAGAAGGUAGCUGCAUAGCACUCAGGCCUAGAUCAGGGCAAUCUUUCCCUCAGUAUACUUUUCCAACUGUUUUUGCUGCCAUAGAUUCAUGUGGGUAGCCAUACUGGUCUGAAGAAGCAGAAAUUUUUUUGAGUCCAGUGGCACCUUUAAGAUCAAGAAUGUUUAUAUAAGCUUUCAUGUGCAUUCAGUUCUUCAAAUGCACCAUAUAUAUUGUACAUCUGUGUAUCUGAGGUAAGUGUGCAUGCAAACGUAAGGUUAUACCAAGAAUAAAAUUUGGUUGGUCUUAAAGGUGCCACUGGUUGUGGACUUUUUUUUUUUUUUACUAUCUUAGUCAAUUUGAAUCUGACCUCCAGCUGCCUGGAAAGAAUAAGAGAAUGGAUUCUCACAAGAUUCAAUCAAUCUUUGGCCCUUUCCGCACGGGCCAUUUACGGCGCCCUGGGGACGGCGAAAACGCCGUCCCCAGGGAGCCGUUCGCACAAGCGGCGCUGCCAAAACGCAGCAGCGCCGACCUGGCUCCCCUCCU